AUGCACUCCGCGGGGCCUUGUGGGUUGAUGAUGCCUCAUAAAUACACAGGUAAUCUCCCGGAAAUCUUUCAAAGUCAAGCAGGUGUUCCAGAUUUCAAAUACCAACAAAUCUACGGCGACGUUGUUCGCAUUAAAGGUCCUUUUGGUGAAGAUCGUUUACUCAUUUCCGACCCUAAAGCCCUUCAGUACAUCUUUCACACUUCAGGCACGUUACCAGCGCCCUCUGAAAUGACAGUUUCUAAUUUUGGUACCCAAGGUUAUGGUUUUCUCAAAUGGCCUGAACGAACCGAGAUUUCUCGCAUCUUGAUGGGUCGCGGACUUCUAUGGGCAGAUGCCGAAAUACAUAAACGUCAGAGAAAAGUAAUGCUCCCCGGAUUUGGUACACCUGAAUGCAAGGCGUUCGUUCCGAUUUUCCGACGUGUAGGAGCAGAGUUGUCCGCACAAUGGUCUGACAUUCUCGCCAGUUCCCCCGACCAAUCUGCCGUAUUUAAUGUUGCUUCCUGGCUUUCUCGUGCGACAAUGGAUUCGAUUGGAGAAGCCGCAUUUGAUUAUCAGUUUGGCGCGCUGCGAAAUACUGACAAUGAAUUUAUGAAGGCAUAUAUGGGUUUAAUGUCGGACACACUUGGUUCGCCCCCAAAGUCCGCUAUUUUCAUGCAAACGGUCCUUCCUAUUUGGAUCCUCCAACUGAGGUCCAAAUUUUCUCGUUCGAGGACCCUCGUUCAUGCAAGACAUACCGAACAGUUAGCGAACGCGGUGACCCGCAAACUCGUCGAUUCUAAAGCCGAAGCCUUACUCCAAGGAAAAGGGAAUAAAGAUAUCUUAUCAUUACUUGUCAAAGCAAAUGCAUCAGAGACAGCUAGCAUCCGUCUGACAGAUGAAGAAAUGAUGGCCCAAAUGCGGACCAUAUUACUUGCAGGACAUGAAACAAGUGCCACAACACUAUGUUGGGUUCUUUUAGAACUGGCGAGACACCCUGACGUUCAACAGAGACUACGAAAUGAGAUCAGGGAGACUGAAAUUGCUAUUCAUGCACGCGGAGAUGCCGAUUUUACUGCUGCGGAUCUGGAAAAUAUGGUAUUUUUGGGUGCUGUUAUCAAGGAAUCUAUGAGAUUUCAUCCAGCAUUGUACCAAAACUAUCGACAAGCCGCAGAAGAUAAUAUCUUGCCUCUUUCCAAACCUAUCAAGACUGUCCACGGCAAUUAUGUGAACGAAGUACCUAUACCGAAGGGCAUCAAAAUUAUUCUAUCUAUAGCAGCUUACAACAGAAAUACGGAGAUCUUCGGGGAAGACGCUCAUACCUACAAUCCGGAUAGAUGGCUCAGACAGUCGGGUGAAAAGAAAGGCCCAUCAUUAGGAGUGUACGGGAAUCUACUUACAUUUGCAGGGGGCGUCAGAACAUGCAUUGGUUGGAGGUUCGCUCUAUACGAGGUUUUCGCACUUACAGUCGAAAUUAUCAAUAAUUUCGAACUACUACCUACUCCCGAACUGGAUCGGCUCAGGAGAGAAGCAUGCCUAGUGAUGCUACCAACAUUGGAGGGAGAGCAAUUGAAAGGAGAGAAUCUACCAUUGCGCGUCAAGUUGGCUUCCAGAGACUAG